UGAGACUCGAAACACAAGUCCAAAAACGGUGCGUUGGUACUUGGCACUCCAAUAUUCUUUGCUUCCCAACAUAGUCCAAUAUUCCUGACACGAAUUUAUCUUUGAGAAUUUAUCAGCAGUAUACCCAUUGAUUCACCAUUGAUAUCUGGAACACAGAUUGAAGAUCGUAGAAUGGCAUGCUCGCACGACCAUAGCUGUGAGGAUCACAAUUGCUCAUCUGAUUGGUCUCUUUAUAAGCACAUCGAUCUCUCUAAGGUGUCUGCUCUGAAUGAGGCUAUUCAAGGAAGUGCAAAGUCAGUUUUCAGAUCUUGGGAGCAUCGUCUAAACUCUGCGGGGGCAUUUUUGGAGAGCAAUGAAGGAGAUCCCGAGUUAAUUGUUUUCAUUCCAUUCACUUCGGAUGUCAAAAUCAAAGGCAUAUCGAUUGUAGGUGGUGCUGAUGGAACAAGUCCUUCAAAGAUGAGAGCGUUCAUCAAUCGAGAGGGCAUUGAUUUCUCUGAUGCUGAAAGUAUGCCGCCUGUUCAGGAAUGGGACUUGGUCGAGAACCUGCAAGGAAUAUUGGAAUAUCAAACAAGAUAUUCUAAAUUCCAGAGUGUGGGCAAUUUGACUUUGCACUUUCCUGACAACUUUGGUGCGGACACAUCUCAGAUACAUUACAUUGGCUUGAAGGGUGAAGCAACUCAGCUGAAAAGGGAUGUUGCUGUAAAUAUCGUAUAUGAACUUAUGCCAAAUCCAUCUGAUCACAAAACACGCGCUGAAACAGGAGGGGGUCUUUCACAAAUCGAAUGAAGCAAAUAUGCAACAAAAUGCCGUCCAUACUUGUGACAUGCUGGCCUUCUUUGCUGCAACAUCUACUUCAGGAAAACCCCUAAAUUUGAGUGAUAGGCAUGAUAUCAGCUGUGAUUUGAUCUUUACUUGCUUGAAAUGCUGUAUAUUCAUGCUGUCUUAGGAGACUUUAAGAUACAUGGGUUAAUCCCUCUCUUAGUAUAUUAACAUGCUGACGGAUUCCAAAAAACUAACUUAACAUGUUUUCUCACAAUGCCCGCCUGCAGAAGGUGUGUAAAGGAGUAAGAAAUCUUGUUCGAAACAA